GGCCCUCCUUGACUUCUAGUGAUAUCAACAUUCACAGAUCUGGGCACCAGCACCUUCAGACAAAUGGUCCGACCGAGCGUCGUUCUCCCAGCCCUAUGCCUGAGUGCGUCUGCCACGGCGACCCUCCAGCACAAGUGGACUAACGGUGAUACGGCAACUGGAACAACUGGUGACAGUGUGAUUGAGGGAUGUGAGUACUGGAUAAACGAUCUUGAUACUGGUGACUCUUGUAAGUCAAUCGAGGCCUACUUUGGCAUCACCGAAAAGCAAUUCCUCUCUUGGAACCCUUCGGUGCCUUACUCGUGCACCUUGGUUCGUGGCUGGAGCUACUGCGUUGCCGGCCCCGAGAACCCUGUCACUUCAUCCAGCACCACUGCGACUCCGACACCUGCUGGUACUCUGACAUACUCGGGCACGGCGGCGCCCACACAGAGUGGUGUUUCCUCCAGCUGCGAGAAGUACUACCUGGUCCAGAAAAGUGACACCUGCUACACUAUCCAGGACAGCUUCACGAGCUUUACUCUCCAGCAGUUCUACUCAUGGAACCCGUCAAUCUCCACAGGUUGCGAGGGUCUAUUGCCUGGAUACUAUGUUUGCGUUGGCGAUGGAUCCACGCCUACUUCGCCUCCUGUCUCGUCUCCAACCGCGACAGGCUCGGCCACUGUAACCGGUCACCAGCCGCAGCAGACUGGCAUUCCAUCCAACUGUAACAAAUGGUACUGGGUUGUCGACGACGAUGACUGCGCUACCAUUGCCAGCAAACACGACAUCGCCCAGCAACAAUUCUACGAGUGGAAUCCCGCUACAGGAUCAACCUGCACGACAUUGUGGUCAAAGGCCUAUGUCUGCGUCGGCGUUUCAGGCUCCUCCUCUUCCGCCUCCACAACCUCCGUUUCCAAAACCACAACGGCACCAUCAACCACAUCUGGAGGCGCCCCUGGCCCAACAGGAAGCGACACUGUCACAAACUGCGUAACAUACUAUGAAGCCCAAUCCGGGGACAGCUGUUGGUCCAUCGUCAAUGAGAAAUACACCUAUCUGACUCAGGCUCUGUUGACGAAAUGGAAUCCUUCUCUCGGCGACGCGUGUAUCCUUCUCAAGGAUCAAUACUACUGUGUCGCUAUCAAAGCCGCCCAGCCAAUGCCCGGUACAAUAGAUACCUGUAAGACGUGGCAUUUGGUAGCCAGUGGUGAUGACUGCUGGCAGAUUGAGCAGGAUAAUGGGAUUACAGCGGCGCAGUUCAACGCAUGGAACCCACAAGUUGGAUUUGAUUGUGCGGGACUUUGGCUGGGAUACUAUGUUUGUGUAGGUGUUUAGAAUUGAUAUAGCAAUUGGCGUUAGAACUUGUGUAGCAUGGAGGCCGCAGCGCGGCUUCCGCAAGGCGGAAGUACCUGUGCGUGCGGACUAAUGCACUAUUAUCCAUGGAUUAGUUAUGUAUGAAGUGGAUACUGCUCCAAGGGGAAUAUCAGGAGUCGAUAAUGCAGCCUAGUCAGGCCAAUAUAUGGGAGUAGGAUUAGAGGAUGAUAUCCAUUCAGAGUAUACGUGUAUAUUGUCUGUCGUACUAUCACGAGUGCUUGAGGCCGAGUGUUU